AUGCAGUCCCUAUAUUGCGCAGGAAUAAUAUUUCUGAUCUCUGGUUCUUUGGCGGAGGCAAUCUCAGUCGGUAAAGCUUCACGCCAGCUUACAGCCUGGGAGUACUCCAUAAUAUCGGUGUCCAUGACGACGGACAAUGAGGAGUUGGCUGGCGGCGAAACUCACAUCGACCGUAUUAGUCGCGGGGAAUACGGGCUGAGUGGUUCUCUGUAUACCAACGUCGAUGUUCCUCAGGACUUCGAGGUUACCGUUACCAUCUACCGCAGCACCGAUAACGGUGAUACCUAUAAAAUCCAGCCGUACUCGCUUCCUCGACAAACUGUAUACCAGGCUAUGAACAGCUUCUACAAGAAUGCAAUCAUGCCGAGCGUCGUUAAUUGCUCGAAUUUGCCACAGUUCAAGGGCACCUUGGAGUUUAUACCCGCCACGUUAUGGACAUUUGAAAAGUGCCAGGUGAACACGGAUGGAUUUCCGCAAUAUAUGCCUGACGGCUGGUAUAAAGGCGUCAUUGAAUCCCACGGUUACGUAAAUCUCAUCUGGACGGGCGUCUUCAGUGUCAAGCAAAGGACCUUCUAGAACAGGUCAUACUUCGAAUUGUAUCCAAGGAUUGGUUGCGCUUGAAAUCAUGAAAUUGGUUAUUGGAACUACCUAAUUUUUUCAAAUCGUACAAUUAUUUAUCAAAAUGAA